GUCUCACUACAUCAAUAAUUUUUACACAUAUUGCGCAUUCGAUAAAACUGAAACUAUUCCAAUUGACCGUCUAACAGAGACUCACAGACAGGUAAUAUCGACACGACUAUAAACAGCACAAUGAUAAGAAUUCCUUUAAUAUUAUAAUAACCUGCCGAUACGUCAAGUGCACACAAUACAGGCACAUUCACAAACGUCACACAUGACCCUCGCCACCACCUUUACAUAACUAGCGUAAUGAUAUAACACCAUAGCGAACGCUUUCCCGACUAGAUCGCAUGCAGUCGCGCUGUGGAUCCCGCGUUGAGAGGACGCCACUGUGUAAUCGAUUGUACUUUUAUAUCGAUUUAAAUCGAUUAAUCGAGUGCUCGAGUGAUCGCGUUAAUUAUGAUAACAGUGUUUACUUUUGAUUCUGUAAAAUCACGUAUUCAAUUUAGGUAACCAGUGAUUAAUAAAACCAAACUAAUUAUAAAAACGUAAACCCAGUGUAUAAACUGACAAUGACAAUAAGUGAUUAAACAAUAAAGUGUUAAUCGGUGACAAGUGAAGCAGUGAUUAGUUGGUAACCAUGGCAACGCCAGCACCACCUCGCGUCUCCAGGAAUGUCUCGCUACCAGCCGGCAGACAACCUCCCACCGUGGCUAUGCUUGCCAGGAGAACAUUGUCUGAAAGUGACUUGGAGCCGGGUGCAGCCACCGCGCCCUCUGGUAGCUCGAGCAGCUCCAGCCUCUCGUCCAGGAGUAAUGAGAGCAAUACCGUAGCUGCUGAGCAGCAAGCCUCUCAAUCAGACUGGUCGGAGGAGGAGGAGCCCCUAGCGGCGCAGUGGGCCGACAGCCUGCCGCCACACGUACUGGACUCACUGGAACUCUCCGCCACUCUCAGGAAGAGGCAGGAGGUCAUUCAUGAACUGAUAGUGUCAGAAGGCUCGCACGUGAGAUGGCUGCGUGUCCUGGGCGGGCUGUUCCUGCGUCCGCUGGAGCGGCACGCGAGCCUGCUGCCGGGCGACGAGCUGCGCUCGCUGUUCCCCAACCUGCCGGCCGUCAGGGAGCGACACUCGCGCCUCUACACCGAGCUCAGGAGCGCCAGGAACGACGCCGCCAACCACGUCGUGCAGAUACGACCCGUCGCUGAUGCUCUCUUGAAUGCUCUGGGCGACUCGGGCUACGCGUCGUGCGUGUCGAAGUUCUGCCGCGGCCAGCGCAUGGCCCUGGACGCGCUGCGGGAGCGGCGCCGCAAGAGUAAGGAGCUGCACCAGUUCCUGGCCGCGCGCGAGCAGCAGCCGCGCUGCGGGAGGCUGCAGCUCAAGGACAUGCUGGCCUGCGUCUGGCAGAGGUUAACGAAAUACCAGCUCCUCCUCGAGGGCAUUCUGAAGACAGUCUCCGAGGGUGACGGUGAAGCAGACGAGGACCUGGCGCGGCUGAAGCGCGCGCAUGAUGUGGCUAAGGACGUGUUACACCGCGUCGAUACUGCCAUCAGGACAGCUGAGAAUGAGCAUAGAUUACGCUCGAUCCAGAGCAAGCUGGAGAUCCGCGUCCCGACGUCGCUGAGCUCGGAGUGGGACGAGCUGCGGCGCCUGGACCUCACGCAGCAUGCGCUCAGGACCGAGGGCGACCUCACGCUCAGGAACGACUCCAGCAAGAGGAUCAAUGUGCUCGCCCUGAUGCUGGAAGACAGCCUGGUGCUACUGCAGCGCGAGGGUGACAAGUUCGUGCUGAAGCCGAUCCCGCAGCCCAACAACAGUCAGCAGCAACAGCUAUCACCACUCAUCAAAUGGGACAAGGUACUAUUCCGGCCGAACGCGGCGGUCCGCAACACGUUCUUCCUGAUGAACAUCAACGGCGUGCAGAUGCACGAGCUGUCUGCCAACACCGCGUCCGAAUACGCGUCAUGGGUGAAGCACAUCCAGGAGGCGCCGCUCGCCAAGCUCACGGAGCUGAAGUCCACCAUCACGCCGUCUCACUCGCACAGCAGGUCCACUGAUGACUCAGGAAUCAAUGUAUCCCGAAACCCCUCGGACGCGUCCGAGAAGUCAUCAUCAACGGCCGCCGGCGACGAGCAGGUAGAGGUCGAGAAGGAGCGGAGUUCUCUGGAGCGGAGCUCGGCGGAGCGGGAGGACGCGCGGAGGGAGGAGGACAAGAGGAGCGGAGACAAGGACGAGAGGGGCUCCGUCGACAAGGACCCAGAGCUCAGCGAGAAGGAGGAUAAGCAUAAAGUCCGGCGGCCGACAGUGGGCCGCAUCAGCACCCACGGCGCGUCCCCGGGCGCGCUGGAGCCCGCCAGCGCCGUGAGCGUGGCCGCGCCCGCCGCCGCCGGGACCGCCACGCACGCAUACACGCAUCAAGAGCGUCUCCGGCGCCUGGACGAGGUGAUAGCGCGCGCCCUCCGCGCCAAGGCGGGCAUCGUGGGCGCCGUGCUGGGAGUCCCGCCGCACAGCUACGCGCACCUCGCGGACCUCGCCGUCGCCGACUCGCUCGGGGAAGUCGACGUGUGCGGCGAGCUGCAGCUGCCAGCGCGCGGCGCCGAGCUGCAGCAGCUGCUGCUGGCGGCGCACGCGCAGGCGGCGCGCCUCACGCGCGAGCUGUCGCGCGCGCUCAGCGUCACGGAGGCGGCCGCCGUGGCCGCGCGCGCGCGCCCCGGCCGCUGCGACUCCUGCGCCCGCCGGAGCGACGCGCACGACAACAUGGAGCCGUUUGUCAUGCUAAACUAUCCAGUGGGUGCGGUCGCAGCCGAUGACGCAGCGACAGCUGAAGCGCUCGACCGUGAAGUGUCUGACGCGAUGCUGGACUUUGACGUGACGCAAGAAGACGUAGCCGGCUGUGACGACAGCUUCGACGAUGUGCUUGAGUCCCCCCGCAGCGGCGCGGCGCUGGCCAGCCGGCUGCUGGGCGUGUCGGGCGGGCUGCAGGCCACGCUGGCGCAGGCGCUCACGGCGGCGCCGGCGCCGGGCGCGCUGCGGGACCUGCGCGCGCACCUGGCCGCGCUCACCGACCACAACCACGCGCUCCGGGCACGCGCCUACAACGAUCACCAGACGACAGAGGAGAUAGCUUUCUCAAAGGGAGGCCUCGACCCGUCUAUACAGGAUCAACCGAGCAAUGGCGGGUGAUCGGCCCAGAGCGACGCGUAUUGAAUAGUAACCUGACCGGCGUUUUGCGUAGUGAUAUUAUUCUCACUAACUCCAAGUAUGGCAGGCCCACGGGACGGCGGGAACUCACUAACACUACCAACGUAACGUAACGACACUCGAAUACACAACUAUACAAAUACGAAAGUCACAUCAGAAACGGUCACACAGUUUCCGAUGUCGCAAAUAUCUUAACAACCAAUAUUUUUGUAAUUAUCCCCGUUUGUUACUGAGCACGGCAAACAUUGUAUAUUUUGUAAUAAUAAUAAUUAUUAUAUAUUGUUUUCUGUUACAAUUGUAAGUACUGCAUUAAAUUAGUAUUAUAAAGAUGAUUAUUCCAUACGUAAGAGAUAUUGUGAUUGACUAGAUAAAGUUAAAUAUAUAAUGUUCUAUCUGUCAUCCGAGUUCCGCAAAGAUUAAGUUAUAUAUGUUCGUGUAAAUAAUGUAAGCGCUAGGCUAAGUGACAACAAUAAUGUAUGAAUUAUUAUUAUAUAUGAUUUUGUGUAAACAUUUUAUGUUUCA